UAUAAAAUUUUAAUCAAUAUUCUCUAUAAGCACCGCUGGUUUCUCAGCUAAAUCACGAACUCCUCCGACCGGCAAAGGGCGUCGGCAUCAGCGAUUCGGAUUCGGCGACUACUCUUCUCUUCUCUUGAAUCAUUCUUCUAUAACUGUCGGCUAUCAGUGAAUUGGUUCAAUUUCAUGGCGAAGGAGAUGGUAUAGAAUGAAGAAUGAAAGGUUGAAUAUGAUGCGUAAUUUUUGGAUAGAAAUUUGCAGUUACUGAGAAACCAACCAAAUUAUGCAUUUGGGCGUCACAAUUUGUUAUUGGAAAAUUCGAAUAGAAUAUUCUCAGAAAUAAUAAUUUAAAUUUCUUAAUUCAAGUGACAAAGGUUGGUUGAGGGAGUUGUGACUUAGGUCACAAAUUCAAGUUCCCAGGGCUUAGUUCAAGUGCCAAAGGUAGAGGAAGCAAGUGAAAUAACAAGAAGCACCUAAAUUUAGUUUAAGUUAUAACAUUCAUACUUCAUGGGGGAAAGGAAACAGAGAUUUGGUCUUAAUGCGACUGGAAUCUGAAGCUGAGAAUGAAUAUUAACCGUCCUCUUCAGAGAGCUGUAGUAAUUUGUUAUGCAUAUUUGUUUUCAUAGUGCCGUAGUUGUUUGCAUAGAGAGAUUUGGCAACUUUAAGAGAAGGUUGAUGAAUGGUAUUCUUUGACUUAACUUCCUCGCAUCUGCGAUGAAAGCUCACAUUUCCUUCACACAGAGAUGUGUUUUAUACUGACCGUGAUGGUAGCUCAGAUUUCCUUCAUUUAAUGAUGUGUUUUAUAGUACUAAAAGGUCUAUGACAACUGAGAGCAAAUAUUUAGGAUGUUCAAACUUGUCUCGACUCGGAAAUGAGCAUUACAGUGGUUUGCUUGGUCUUACCAAACUCAGACAAGUUCAGUUGAGCCGAUUAUGAGUCAACCUCAAGUUGUUACCCUGUGUAUUCAGUACAUCUAUUGGUUAUUGAGUCAAGCUCUAACUAAGUAUAAUAAAUUAAGAAAACACACCCAUGGAAAAGAAAACCAAAAGGAAGAGUGUGUUCAAGUUUGACUACUUAUUAACAGAAAAAAUUGUCCAAGCUUAGUUUGAUGGGUUAACCAGAUUAACUAUGUUGAAGUACCAGCUAAUCAGCUAGAGAGGAUUUGCAAAUUGACUCAUUCUCAAUUUACACACUAAAUUCAGUUUUGCUCAAUAGUCGGUAUCUAUCUUGCUGCGUCCUUUAUCCUUAGUUUUUCCUAUUUUACAUCUGUGCUUCUUAUGUUGUUUUCAAAGUAUAGUGUACACUGGUUAGUCAAAUCCUUCUUAGGCAUAAUGUUUAACUACACAUUAAAGUAAUAAAAUCAUGCCUACACCAAAUGUGCUCCAUGAUCCAUAAGUGUUUUCACGAAAACUUGAUUCCUAAAGUUAUGUCAACGGCUAAUUUAUUUCACUAUUGUUAUACUUUAUUUUACAUAAUAGUUUAUCAUCUUGUUAACAUCGAUAUCGAUUGUAAUAUUAUCUGGUGCUAUUUUACAUAAUAGUUUAUCAUCAUCAUCAUCUUGUUGACCACGAUUGUAACUGCUGCUAUCUUUUAGAUCCAUAUCACCUAGUGCUGGAAAGCCAUAUUACUUUAACAUUAUGGCUCUAUAAUAUAUAAGAGAGGAUAACCAGGCACCUGAUGGUCAACAUGCCUGCUUCAUUUUGUCAUUUCAUGUGUUGUUGACACAUUCAUCUGAAUUUGCCAGGUAGAAAGCACCGCUUCGAAUUUUCUUACAUUUCAAUUCCAUCUCCGCUGCAUUUCUUUGCUCUGCUUAACGCUGACAGCAACAAAGUACCCACCUUUCUUCUCUCAUCCAUCAGUGUUCUCCUUUUUCCUAUGUUAGACCUUCAUAUCGAUUGCACUCUAAUUCUGAUCCGCUUCCUCUCUCUGGUUACUGGUAAGUGCUGAAUUUACAAAUUUAACUUUCUAAAGCAGCUUUUUUUAGAUUGGAAAUAAUGUCUAGGGCAAAAUAAAUAUUGUGUAGGAUUAGGGGCGGAAAAUAUUAUUGUUUAAAGUUGGAUAUUGAGUUUAAUUUUCGGGAUGUGAAUAAUUUUCACCCUACCAAUAAUAAUUGUCAUUAUGAUUAAAGGCCUCUUUUGGGGGUUUAAUAAAUUUCCCUUCCCGCCCUUUGGAGAGAAGGGCUGCCCCCAAAAUCUGCAGCGAGUAGUAGAAACUAGAAGAAGAAAUGGAGUUCACACUCAGUGGGAAUGGACUGAAGGCAUUCGCCCGAUGCAUCACGUGCCUCGCACGCAUUGGCAAUGAGCUCGUCAUUCAAGCCUCUUCUUCCCAGCUCACAUGUCACACUCUCAACUCCUCAAGAUCUGCCUAUCAAUCAAUGACAUUUGAACCUGAUUUUUUUGAUGUCUACACCGUCUUGGGUCCACAUGUGCAAUGUAGUGUGCUCUUGAAGGCUAUUUGUGCUGUUUUAAGAACACCAAUUGCUAGUAUUGAUCAUUUGAGUGUGUCAUUGCCUAAUCCUGAUGCAUCAAAGGUGCAAUGGACAUUGAACUGCCAUAAUGGUAUGAGGAAAGCUUAUUGGAUUACCUGCAAUGUUGAACCUGACAUACAACACCUAUCCCUUGAUAGGAGAAAGCUUCCAAGCAACUUUGUGGUGAGGCCUCGUGAUCUGAACAGGUUAUUGUCCAACUUCCAAACAACCCUUCAGGAGAUCACAAUCAUUGCUACCAAUCCAACUUCCUUGCCUCCUGAUGCUGCAACUGAAAUUGGAGGGAAAGCUGUUGAGCUCAGAAGUUAUAUAGACCCAACAAAAGACAAUGAUUCAUCACUACACACUCAGUUGUGGAUAGAUCCCACUGAAGAGUUUGUGCAGUACAAUCAUAUUGGAAACCCUGUGGAUGUGACCUUUGGAGUGAAGGAAUCGAAGGCUUUCCUUUCUUUCUGUGAGGGAUGUGAAGUUGACAUACAGUUCUAUUUUGAUAAAGCUGGCGAGCCAAUUCUAAUGGCUCCAAAAUUUGGUUUAGAUGAUGGCUCCAUCUCAACUUUUGAUGCCACCUUGGUACUUGCAACCAUGCUUAUGUCACAGCUCAAUACUGCUGGCUCCUCUGAAAAUCCACAAGUUGCUGGUACUUCCCAUGGUGAGGCUAAUGAUGGAAGACAGGCCCCACCCCAAGAGAGAUCAAAAGGGAAUUCUGGGCUUCCAUCUGAUCAGACCAGGAUUUGGUCCGAUCUUUCAGGAAGCAGAACAAAAGGUGGUAAUGAUGCUGAACCUGGAGGGGGUAGAAAUGAAAAUGAUAUUGAGCCAAGGGAAAUUCACCGAAUUGGUGCAAUACACAUAUCUGAAGCUGGAGCUGCUGGAAGAGAUAUGUCUGAUAUACAUAAUGACUUCCCUUCUGAGGACAGAAAUCAUUUGGAAGAACCUCAAGGCAUGACAGAUUUGAAAGGUAAUGCUUCUCAACACCAUCCUAGUAACUGGGUAGAUGCAGAUGACGACGAUGAUGAAGAAGAUGAGUCGGAGUUGUGUGUUCAAUCAACGCCUCCAUAUCAUUAGGAAGGAAUACAGCAACUCCAGUUGCUCUGUAAUCCUUACUAGCAAUUGUUUAUUGAUGAUGUCUGUUGUAUGUACAGUUGUCCUCCCAAUGCUCCACUAAUCUGACUUUGCACUUGGUUCCCUCUUACCUAAGCAGUCCUCUAUGGUUAAAUCAUGUUUACCAUGAAUUAUAAUUGGCCUGCAAGCAUAUAUGAUGAUACAGCUCAUUAGUUUAUA